UCUGCUUCUGCGCUGCACAAUGUCCAGCUUUUUAGCUGGGGAACUGAAUUUGAGUUCUAAAGUGUUCGAGCCUUUCCUGAUAAAAUCACGUCUGUGUAUCUUGGAUCUGCAAGAAAGGCUACUGACGAAUGCUCGCUAUGGUGAUGUUUUUUGCGUAGUCUACUUUUUGAUUUAUCGAACAUCGACUACUAGUCUGGGAAAGCAAAACCACGAAAAACACCCAGAAUCCUGCUGGAAGAUAAAGUCUUUUUUUUUUUUUUUCCCUGGCGAGUUUCAUAACUUGCCGACUGCGGUGGAGAAUCCGGAUUACGACAGUUAAACAACAGUGACAGAAGACUAGCCAUCAUGGAACCGCCGACAUCGCCAAAGAUUCAAAAAGUUAUACAUGUCACCUACCUCAUCGUGGCUAUAGACAUAACCUCGCUCUUCCUGCAGCUUUCAGUAACACCGUAUCUCGCAAAAAAGAUGGGAUUUGACACACUCUGGUUUGGAUACCUGCAGACAACUGUGGGCGUGAUGCAGCUCCUGGGUGGCCCUGUGUUUGGCAGGUUUGCAGAUAUAUUUGGAGCACGUGCCGCUCUCUCUCUGUCCUGCUUUGCAUCAAUGGUUUCUUUUCUGCUCUUAGCAGCAGCAGACAGCACCAUAUUACUCUUUCUGCACAAACUACCGGCUGUUUUCAUGCAUGUCCUCCCAGGAUCACAGAUGGUUGUGGCAGACCUGUCUGAAAGUGGAAAACGGGCAGAGGCCCUGGCAAAGCUUGGUCUGUGUUUUGGAAUUGGCAUGAUUGCUGGCUCAUCACUGGGAGGCACCCUCAGCACACACUAUGGGGAGAAGUUUACAGCAUGUGUGGCUGCUGGUGGUAGUUUGGUCAGUCUACUGCUGGUGCUGAAAUUCAUUCCUAAGCACACCAAAAAACACGCCACAAAGCAGAGCAAUGGAGGUGGAGCUGGCUCUGUGUUUAACUUAAAGGAGAUCAUCAGGUUAAUGAAGUUUCCAGGUGUUGCAAAGACUUUCACUGUAAAGAUCAUCUCAGGACUUCCAUCAGGUAUUUUUCAGGUCAUGUUCUUCAUUAUUGCUAUAAACGUUUUCCAGUUACAGCCAAAGCAAAAUGGUUACCUGAUGGCCUACUUCGGUUUAGUGCAAAUGGUGAUUCAGGGUGCUGUUAUUGGACGACUGACGGCCAGAUAUUCAGAGUACUCUUUGCUCCGUGUCACAGUAGGUCUCAGCAGCUUUGUGGGACUUGCACAGGCCCUAACCACCAAUGUGUUCCAAUUCUGUUUUGUUGCUGUGCCAAUGAUGUUCUGUACCAGUGUGUUCAAUGUUAUCACAGACAGUAUCCUAACAAAGAGUGUCCCAGCAUCUGACACAGGUGCCAUGCUGGGUUUGUGCGCAUCUGUGCAGUCUUUCAUGCGCACGGUUGGGCCAACCAUUGGGGGUUUCCUCUACGAGACAUAUGGCGUGGCAUCAUUUGGAUAUACUCAGUUCAGUGUCAACAUCAUUGUCUUUAGUCUGCUGCUUAUAUCCCACACCAAGAGAAACCUAUAGUCAUUAAUGGAUAUAUUACAAAAUAUACAUGCUUUCGCAUUAAAUUACUUUCACAUUAUACACCAUAUUAUAGGUACUGCCAGGAUCAAUAAUUUGUGUUUAGUUAUAACUCCUUUAUAAUUCAGUUAUAACGCUAACCCUAGCAUUUAUAGUCAUUCCCAUUUAUCACAUAGCUAUUUAAGUAGUAUUUAGGCAGUAAAUUUGAAUCUUUCUAUUUAAUGGUUUGAUAUGGUUUGGCUUUGACUGACUAAUUAUGCUAAUCAUAUGAGGCAAUGUGAUACAUUUUCAUAUAUGUAAUACAGUUAACAUUUGUUACACU